UAUCUACAGAGGGCGGCAUUUAAUAUGGCGGCUUCCAUGGACAAUUUGACAUCACAACAAUCACUGACAAUACAAUGGCAAUGCAGCACGCAAGGCUAAUUUACGAACACUUAAAUGGUGCUUUUUCACAACCAUUAGUACUGAAGAAUUCGCUAGACAGCUGGCCUUCAAGACAAUGGUCUCCUGAUUAUUUAGCGUCAGUCUUAAAGGAGAAGAAAGUAAAGAUUCGCACAGGGUCACUUUCCGCUCAAAAUUUGAAUUCAGUACUGUGGGAGGUAGACUGUACACACGAGGAGGCAACACUCGGCCAGUUUUGUGAGUGGCUGAGGAGUGACGCACCCACGACCUGUUCCGCACAAACGUCCCAGAAUCCAUUGCUGAAAUACAAGAGACAAGAUCACUGGUGCUAUGUGGAUUACAAACAGAUGGCUUUUAUGUUUGAGGAUCAUCCAGACAUCUUGCAGGCAGUGCGUUGGUCAGACCUUGGUUUUGAGGAUCGGGACGGCAGGCAAAGCACCUUAUGGAUUGGCAGUGCAGGGGCCUUCACACCGGGGCAUUAUGAUACGUAUGGCUUCAACCUAGUGGCUCAGAUAUAUGGCAGAAAGAGAUGGCACCUGUUUCCUCCAAGUCAGACCCACCUCCUGUAUCCAACCAGAAUUCCCUAUGAGGAAUCCAGUGUCUUCAGCCCUGUCAACAUCGCCAACCCGGCUCUGGACCGCUACCCCAAGUUUGUCGAAGCCACUCCUUACGUUGUGACACUAGAGCCUGGAGAGGUGCUGUUUGUUCCCAAACACUGGUGGCAUUUUGUGGAAUCGCUGGAGACGUCGAUCAGCAUCAAUACUUGGGUAGAUGUGGAGAGUGACAAGGAGAGUAGGAUACAGGAGGCAGUAACUAGAGUGCUUAUCUCCUCUCUCAUGUCUACUUCCUGUGAUUCCAUGAAAUGGGUCAAUCCAUCUGAGACUAUCUGUACCGGCGAGGUGAACUAUCGUUACGUUGAGGCAGCGGUCCAAGAAAACUCACACAAAUCACCAUGGCCAUGUGGUAUUAAAGAGGCAAGUGACUUGUCAGAACUUCAGUGUCAGAACCAAGAUACAGGUCAGCCCGGGGACCUUCCUACACACAGAUUGGACUCAACUGUACAAAGCGAAGAGGUGGCAAGAAAGCUAGAGAUGAAAGAUGUCGAAAAGUCAGUGGCUUUGGAUGAGGCAUUAAAAACUGACACGCCAGAGUCUGACCUUUGUAACCCUGCUGAAACAUCAGACAACUCCAACUUGUGUGGAGAUUCGAGAGACAAGCUUAGAGACAGCAGUGCUGAUGAUGGGGGCAAAAUAGGUGGCAGUUCACGCAAAGGAAGCAAACUGAAGAGACGUCUUUGUGAUUUCUCAGAUUGUGAGGCUCAAUCAAAAUUGCAAAAAACUAAUCCCAAUCCUCCCAGUCCAGCACACUGGAAAGAUGCUUUACCAGAUUUCAUUGUCCCAGUCAUAUGUCAAGGUCAAAUCUAUAAAAGGAAUCAACAGGUCAAGUCUAAUCCUAGUGAUAAAAAGUCUGCCGAUGAGAUUGUGAAUAUGCAGAUGAGGUCGGAGGUGAAACCAAAAGACAGCAUUGACAAGAUGAGGCGCAUGAUAGCUGAAUGUGUUACUCAUCCGGCAGUUAUAUCUCUGACAUCAGCACUGUUACAAGAGAAAUUUGAUCAACAGAAGAACUAGAUGUAGAUUAGCUUUUUUUCAGAUAUUGGCCACGAUAGGACACUUUUUUGGUUUAGGUACAUACAAAAAAGUUUACCUAAAGCAUGACAUCCCCCACUGUGGCGGACAUGUCUCCAAAGAGGCAAAGCUUAUUUAUCCUUGAAAUAUUUUUGCCUGGUACACAUUUUGUAAAAACAGCUAAGACAUAUUAAAUUGCCAAUCUGUACUUGAAAGUUCGAGUGCAAAUUCAUACUGAAAAAAAUCUAGGAGAUGUGAAAUAAAAGAGUUAUUUUUAGAAUGUCUUGCAA